CAGCAGUUCGGGUUGAUGGCGCAGCUUUCAAAUUUGCGAGUUCUGGCUUGCGGGCUUCCGAGGAAAUCGCCCUGGCAGCCAUAGAAAGCCCGUGUAGCGUCCCCGAAGAACACCCUGAGAGCAGGAAUGUCCAAAGCAAAAUCAUCGAACAAAGAACGUCUGUUUGUCACGUCACAGCCCAAGAGGUCGACACGGUCCUACGGUACGGAAGCGAGAGUCUAUGCGCAAACAGCAGAGUCGUCCUGGCCGCCGUCGCGCAAAAUGGACUCGCUCUCAAAUACGCGAGCGCGAUGCUGCAGAACGAUGAGCGCAUAGUACUUGCUAGUGUUGCUGAAUAUGGCGGAUCACUGAUGUUUGCCAGCUCGAGACUUCGAGGCCUGAAAAACGUAGUCCUGGCUGCGGUCUCUCAAAGCGGAUUGGCGUUGCAGUACGCGUCUGAUGACUUGAAGGCUGACAAAGACGUAGUGUUAGCAGCCAUGGCAGAAAAGCGAACUGGUGGGUCUGUCGUGAAGCACAUCAGCACGAAGUUGCUGGAUUCCGACCAAGACGUAGCGACUCAGGUUCUGCAACUGCAGCCCCACGCCUUUUCUGACCUUCCCCCGGCGGCGAAGAACCUCUACAAUUCAGAGCUUGCUUGGAAAUUGAUCGAGCGCGACACUUCUCUGUUGGAAAACAAGCGAAACUUUCCCGAUAAGUUACUUGAGAACUCCGAGUUUUUGAUAGGGGCACUUAAACGCGCAGAUCAGAAUGUCCUUGCAAAGUUUACAUCUACUAGAGCUAUCGACGGCUGCCAUGUCUGGUGGCCUGAUGCGCCUCUGGGGUUUUCGAAAAGUAAAGUCGCAGUGGCAGCACUAGAAAUCCUUAACGACAAUUUGGUCGCAAGGUUCUUCCUCGAGCGCGGCUUUUGUAGAUGGCACAGAAGUUCGAGGUGGCAAAAGCGAUUUCUUUGCGAAUGCGAUGACGUAACACGUGCUGCUAUCAAGAGGGAUGGAAGCUUUCUCCGCUAUGGAUCCAACUUGCUUCUAUCAGACAGAGAUGUUGUGCUGGAAGCUCUCUGUACGAAAUCCCCCAGCGACGGCACGGACUUAGCUUGGAGCUCCUACUUGGACCGUGACAGAGCGUGGGAACGCGUGGGCACCGAGCUGAAGCAAGAUAGAGACCUUGUUCUCAAGGUAGUUGAGCGAUGUGGUAAGCGACUCGAGGAAGCGAGUGAGACCCUGAGAGACGAUGAAGGAAUCGUGCUGGCGGCGGUCGGUAGGCCGGACCUGAAAUUUUGCGAUGGCUUUUCCGAUCCGGAACAACACUGUGCACUGAGGUGGGCGAGUCAGCGACUCCGUGCGGAAAAAAAGGUGGUCUUGGAAGCCGUGACGUAUAACAGUUACAGUCUGAAAUUCGCGUCGCCCGAUCUUCGGAACGACAGGGAAGUGGUUAUGGCAGCAGUAUCCCAGAAUGGAAACGCCUUCCAAUUCGCCAGUGAAGAUUUGCGGUCUGACAAGGACAUCGCCAUGAACGCUGUUGCGACGGGCGCAGAAGCUUUGAAGUACGCUUCUCCUGAGCUCACUUCGGAUCGCGAGCUUGUGGCAGCAGCCUUAGCACUUGACGGACGUGCGCUUAGGUAUGCAUCAGCGUCACUCAAAGAUGACAAAGACCUCGUUUUGGCUGCAGUGAAAAGCGGGCGCUAUAAGAAGGAAACAGAUAGUACUAGGAGCGUGUCCCCCUUCCAAUUUGCUAGCCCUGGUCUCCAGCGGGACAAAGAAUUUAUAAUGACCGCGGUAACUGCAACUGCUGACCUUCACGGCGUACUGACGCAUACGCACCACACACUUCUGAGAGACAAGGCUUUUAUCAUACACGUAUUGGAGAAUCUGGCACGAGCGCACCCACCGGAGGCGCGUCCGAUUGCUGCCGCCGCCGCCAUCAAUGCUGAAUGGUUUGCAGAAAACUUAGGUGAUCACUCCGAACAUCAAGAUCUUCGUGCACGUGCUCGAAUUUUAUGGGACUUGGAAAUAGCCACACAAAAUAUUGAUGAUUUGCCGGACUGGAGGGGCGAUGAAGCCUGCGUCCUGGCAGCCUCGUUGUUCAGCGGUGGAUCGGCGAUGAAGUUUGCUCGUGAAGAUCUUAAAUCCGACAAGGAUUUCAUUUUAAGCCUGGCAAAAGAGCUCGGUGUGCAAAUGUUACAAUACGCGUCGACUUCACUUCUGUCGGAUAGCGAGUUCUUGAAAAAAGUUUCCCUUGAAACGGGGGAGGAGACCUCCGAGUACGCACACGACCGCCGUGAGGCAAAACGAAGAAGGCUACACAGAGAGCAGCUUGAUGAUUUAUUUUAAACUAAUUCUGAUUAAUCAAUUGUCAUGAAAAUUUAGUUUUUGGAGAUAUUUCAUUACUAAAUAAUACUCGU